AGCGCCAUUCAACGUCAAUUGCGUGACAUCGAUGCCCGUAUGUUACUCUAAUGUUCUAAUCGGAAUCGUCGAUUUAACAUUCCAAAUUCCAGUUUUGCUAUACAUUUAUCUUUCAUUUAUCGUAUAAAAUGUCAGCAGCUCCACCACCAGAAGGAGGAGAAAAUACAGAAGGUGCAGAUGAACCUAGACCACCUAAUCCUCAACAUGUGGCUGCUCAGAAACGGAUACAACAACAGCAAGCCCAAGUUGAUGAGGUAGUGGAUAUUAUGCGUACAAAUGUGGAAAAGGUUUUGGAAAGAGAUAAGAAAUUGUCAGAGUUACAAGAAAGUGCAGAUGCAUUAGAAGAAGGAGCUUCCCAAUUUGAGAAACAAGCAGGAAAACUUAAGAGUAAGUUUUGGUGGAAGAAUUGCAAGAUGCUUGCUAUAAUGAUUGGCAUAGGUGUUGUGAUUGUUGUGAUUAUUGUAGGAGGAUCCAGGAUUGAUUGGAUGUAUUUUGGAAAUUAUUUAACACCAUUAUAGAUUGUUACCUAUGAUCUGUGUAACUAAAUGCAUGUGUAAAUAUAUAUAAUGUUUCCACACAUAUGAUGACAAGCAUGGACUUGCAUGAUGUUAUUAAAUAUAAUACUGACUGCAAUACAAGAUAUUUUGCAAUAAUUUCAUUAGAAUUUAGAAGAUUUAAAGCAAAUUCAUUGAGUAACAAGAUGUGAACUGAAUUGCAAUAUAUAUUCUAUAUAUGGUAAAUUCUAUUUUAUAGACUCAUAUUUUAGCAGCAGAAAUAGUUUCAAAUGUUUGUUUUUUGAAUAUUUAAGAAUCUAUAUUUUACAUUAUUACAACAAUUAAAUAGAAAGAUAUCUUUUUAAUCCCAACAAAAAUAUUUAUUAAGCAAGACUAACAUUUUUAAUUGGAAGUUAUCAUUAGAUUUGUGAAUUUGUGAAAGCAAAGAAACACUUCUGCUUAUGGAAAUAAGGUGCUGUAUAUUACUGAACUAUGUAUUACUAAGAAAUGUUAGUUCUUGUUCAAAAAAUUUUUUGUUAGAAUCAAAAAGUGUCUUGCCACAUAAUAUUGAAAUAAAGUAUCAUUAACUUUAUUAUUUAAUUAUUUUAAAAUUGUAUAGCUAAUUAUGCUUCAAGCUAAUUAAAAUUAGCUUAAAACUUAAGCAGAUAAUUGUUAUAAAGAUCUUGUUUUUUAGAUAUUGAAGUUGAACAAGAUUCAGAAAACAAUUCAAAUAUAAAAAUGACAAGCUUAUAAGAGUUACUUCUCUGUUUUUCAAUGUGUUAAGAAGAUAUGUAAGUAUAAAACAACACAAUUUUGUGAUCAAAUUGAUCAAAAGACUAUAUGUGCAGUUAGUGUAAAAUGUAUCUAAUUUUAUUUUGACAUUAUACUAGAAAGUAGAUUUUUAGAAUCAUGCAGAUUGAUUGAAGCUAGUUUGUAUAAAAAUAUUUCUUUGAAAGACCAAUUUAGAUAAUACUGUAUAAUAAAUAGUUUAUCCUAUUAUUAGAAUGGCUAUUUAGUUUGAAUGUAUAAAUCUCGUGUUCAGUUGUAUUCAAAAGUGUUGUCAUCUUGCAAACUUGUGCUUUAGGUGGAAAUGUAUAUAUCUAUGUUAAAAAUUUUGAAGAAAUGUGUGUGUUUUUUUUUUCUUUGAAAUUCCUCUUCAAUGAUAAAAUAUUUCAUUGAAUUCAAAUUACAAAUUGAUAUCAUCUGUGGUAGAAAAAUACUAGUAUCCUUAGACUCUGGGCAUGCAGAGAGCAAGAUAUAAUACAGUGAAGUGCAAUGAGACUGUCCAUCUCUUUCAUAUAUCAAAACAAAGAUGUCAAAUAUGACUUGGCUUUCUGAGGUAUGAUCUUCAAAUGUACAGUACUAGGAGAGUAAGCAAGACAUACAAUGGAUUUGAUGGUGAUUUGGAAUGCUGUUUUUUCUUUUGCAUAAAGCAAUUUUGAAUCAGAAGAACAAACAUUAUUGUAAUAACAAUCUUAAAGAACAGAUUUGAAGUGAAUUGAUAGAUUUAACAAAUGAAUUAAGUCAAUUUAUAUAUAAUUUCUAAAAUUAUAAUAACUGCAGAAAACCAGGUUUAUAUUUAUUCUUUUUAAUAUGACAAAUACAUACAGAAAUAUUGCAUAUUCAUAAAUAUUAUGGAUUGAA